AUGCCUAUUCCUUACCAAGUCGCAUACAAGCCUUUGACCAAGCCCGAGGUUGGUGUCAAUGGCUAUGUCGAGCCUUCGCCGGGCAGGUCAGAGGUGAUCGCGAAAGGCACCGCGCCAUUCAACGCCAGGAAGCUGGAGUCCGAUGUUCGAAUCGACCAUGAUAUUGAGAUCCGUGUUCGAGACGGCUGUCGACUCCAUGCCGACAUAUAUCGACCAACGAGCGACGAUCAAGUUCCCGUGAUUAUCUCAUGGUCCCCAUAUGGGAAGAAGUAUUCAGCGCUAGAAAUGAUAUUCAAUGUCUGCACUUGGGCUUGUUGCCUUGAGCGCGGAGAUGUCAGCGGGUUAGAGAAGUUUGAGGGCUUGGACCCGGCUUGGUGGGUUGCCCAAGGCUAUGCCAUAGCCAGUGUUGAUGUCCGGGGAGCGGGAAACAGCGAUGGGGAUGUACCGUGUAUGGGCUUGCAAGAGGCCGAAGAUGCUCAUGACGUGAUUGAGUCCCUUGCAAAGCUCCCCUGGUGCAACGGCAAUGUCGGGAUGGCAGGCAAUUCAUAUCUUGCCAUCAUGCAAUGGCACGCCGCUGCCCAGAAUCCGCCCUCACUCAAAGCUAUUGCACCAUGGGAAGGGUCAGGAGAUAUUUUCCGAGAGCAGUUCUGCCGAGGAGGAUGGUUCAACAUGAGCAAUUAUGACCUUAUCACCACUGUGGUGAUUAAAGGAAAUUCCGGGGUUGAGGACUUCGCGGAAAUGUAUCGCCGGGAUUCUCAAGCCAACAUUUACUGGAACGACAAGAGAGUCGAUAUGAAAAAAAUCAAUAUUCCAUGUUUUAUCACGGGAUCCGACUUCAGCCAGAUUCAUACCAUGGGCGCGAUCCGAGGAUGGAUGGAAGUCAAUACCGAGAAGAAAUGGAUCAAAUGGAGCGGUUAUCAAGAGUGGUUCGAGCUAUACGCGGUACCGGAGAGUUAUCUGGAGUUGAAGAAAUUCUUCGAUAAAUAUCUCAAGGAAAUCGAUAACGAUUGGGAGAAGACGCCCAAAGUACGCUGGACAACCCUCCCGUUCGGGGACAAAGAAGUCAAUAGUGACAUCGUGCUUCCCGACUUCCCGGUGCCAAAUACCGAUUAUCGCACUUUAUACCUUGCUCCGAACGGCUCUCUUUCAGCGGAGCUACCUCUUCAGAGAGGCAGCUCCGUGCAUAAUUCAGAAGACCGAUGGUCCAUCUCAAAAUUCAAACACACCUUUUUGCAGCCAAGUCGACUUCUCGGGCUUCCCAAGAUUGAGCUUUUCAUGAGCUGUGACGCGCUUGAUGAUAUGGUUGUAUUUGUUCAACUGCGUAAGCUCAGCAAAGAGGGGAAAGAACUUGGCCAACUGCAGUUCCCUUUCGAUCGUGCGCCCGUCAAUACCAUGGACGAGAUCGCGGAGAAAGACCGUGUCAGCUUAACCACCCAUCAUGGUUCCAUCGGUAUUUUGAGGGCUUCUCACCGGAAAAUAGACUCUGGUCGAUCGAUUCACCCCCAAUUCCCAUUCCAUCCCCACGACGAAGUCCAAAAGGUUACGAAGGGCGAGAUCGUCAAGUUGGAAAUCGGCAUCUGGGCCAUGGGUGUGGACUAUGAGGAAGGUGAGAGUAUCCAAAUUGACAUUCUGGGCCAGUAUCCUGGAUUCACUGAAGUUGCUGCUUUCUCCAAGCCCAGACCUGAGCACGAGAAAAACAAGGGUGAUCACGUCGUUCAUUUUGGCUCUGAGUUCCCAAGCCGAGUUAUUUUGCCCUUUAUCCCACUAUAG